AUGAGUGUCGCUAAUCCUGUUUCACGUCGUACGGUCGACUUUCACCCUGAAACAGUCAAAAUCCUCCCUAUUCACUCUAAGGGUGUGAACGACCCCGAAACACACGAAGCUGAGGAGCGAAAGCGCCCGAUAAUGGCUCGCAAGGCCUCUUCGCCUAUGGCGCCCACAUUCAUGGUCUCUGCGCCGGGCAAAGUUAUCGUCUUUGGCGAGCAUGCCGUGGUCCACGGCAAGGCUGCCAUGGCUGCAGCCAUCUCUCUUCGCUCCUACCUCCUUGUCACUACUCUCUCCAAAUCACAGCGCACGAUAACAUUGAACUUCCGAGACUUAGGUCUUAGUCAUACUUGGAAUAUUGACGCUCUACCUUGGGACAAGUUCCGCGAUCCAUCAAAAAAGAAGUUCUACUACAGCCUUGUCACCGAACUCGACCCAGAACUUGUUACUGCAAUCGAACCGCACCUUCAGGAUAUCUCCAAGGGCCUCCCAGAGCAGCAGCGCAAUAUCCACCGCCGCUCCGCCUCCUCAUUCCUAUAUCUUUUCCUCUCCCUAGGCUCCCCGGAAAGCCCAGGCGCAAUCUACACUCUUCGAUCCACUAUUCCCACCGGAGCGGGCCUAGGAAGUAGUGCCAGUGUCUGUGUUUGUAUCAGUGCUGCGCUACUUCUUCAAAUACGUACUCUCGCCGGCCCUCACCCAGACCAGCCACCGGAGGAGGCGGAGACACAAAUCGAGCGCAUUAACCGCUGGGCAUUCGUUGGAGAGCUUUGUAUCCAUGGCAAUCCUAGCGGGGUGGAUAACACGGUCUCCGCAGGCGGCAAGGCUGUGAUUUUCCGGCGCCACGACUAUUUGAAACCUCCGACAGUUAUCUCGCUACCUAAUUUCCCUGAACUUCCUCUCCUGCUUGUUGACACCCGACAAGCGCGUUCUACACAGACAGAAGUCGACAAAGUCGCGGCUCUAAGAAAUGCUCAUCCUAUUGUGACUGAAUCAAUUCUUAAUGGCAUCGACCAAGUGACAUGCUCUGCGCAACGUUUACUCGAGGACCCUAGUUUCAACAUCUCCGAUACUACCCUCGCCCACAUCGGAACCCUGAUUCGCAUAAACCAUGGAUUCCUUGUCUCCCUAGGCGUUUCUCACCCCCGUCUCGAACGCAUUCGUGAACUUGUCGAUUACGCCGACAUCGGCUGGACAAAGCUGACUGGUGCAGGUGGUGGCGGAUGUGCGAUUACCCUCCUCCGGCCUAAUGCAAAGGCGGAAGUUAAGCAGGACCUCGAACAAAAGUUUGACGAGGAGGGUUUCGCUACAUACGAAGUCACCCUCGGAGGUGACGGUGUUGGCGUUCUCUAUCCGGCUGUCCUACGCACUGGCGAUGGUGAUGGUGGUGAGGAGAUCGAUCAACAGAAGUUCGAAAAUGCCGAGGGCCCUGAAGGUAUUGAGCGUCUUGUUGGUGUUGGAAUGGAAGACUUGAGAGGUGGCUGGAAGUUCUGGAAGCGAGCUACGGAUUAA